AUGUCAACUUUCUAAGAAAGGUUUAAGGGCAAAACUACUGUUAUGGGAAGAAAUGGAAUGGAGUCAGUUCUCAAUACUUGUUAAUAACCUAUUAAAAAAGACUUUGAAUAUUAAAAUAGAUGUCCUCAGAUUCCAUAACCUCUGAAAUAAUAAGUUAAUGUACAACCAUUUCCUAAUCAAAUUCAAUAUAACCAUCAGCAAAAUCAUUAAAUUUUAUAUUAACAUAAUCCAUAUAUCCAAGAAUAAUAAAUUCAGGAUCAUCUCUAAUAUUUGAGUCAAUAACAAUAUUUUCAACCCUCCACUAAUUACUAAGCAAGACAAACUGCCACUGAACCCCAAAAAAAGAAUGAACAAAGAUCAUAAUCUGCAAAAUAAUAAUAGCAAUCAGUUGACGAUUCGUAACGGUACAAACCAUACACCAUCAAGGAUUUUGAAAUGAUGAAAAAGACAGCGAAUGCUAAAUUAGGAGGUUUGGGGCCUAAUAUCAGUGGAGAAGAAUGGGCAAAAGAGAAGGAAAAGCUACACAAAAGAUAAGAAUUUGCAGAAUAAGUCAGGCUGUUUAAUUCAACCAAUAUUAUAACUAUCAAAAAUAAAGAAACCAAACUUCCUGAAAUUAAUGCAAGGCAAAAGGCGAUUGAAUUCGCCAGAAAUAUACCAAAACCAGUGGCCAAAAAAAAAGAUGAUAUUCCAAUGAAGAGUAUGCCCAAUAAACCUGUAAAUAAUUAAGGAAUCAAUAGGGAUCCUUUUGAUGAUGAAAUUGCAAGACUGGAAAAAGAACAUAUUAAAUAUUUAAACUAAUUGGAUAAAAUGAAAUGAUUUUUCAUGUAAUUUUAUAUUAACACACUUCUUAUGCUUUUAAUAUAAGGGUU